UGCAACGGCCGUGUUGCGGCCACGGCCAUGGUGCGGAAGCUGGUGGCUCUGUCGGGCUGGCGACGGAGCUCCUGGCGCUUUGAGGGCUGGAAGGAUUGCUACCUGGCCUUCAAUGAUCCUCCAGGUGAGUUGCUGCACAUCAUUUUGAGUCUCGUGCGUUGGGGUCGUAGCGCAGAUGCCUUCAACGUCGAACAGUUGGUCAGUGUGGCUGGAUCACUGACGGCAGUGAACUUGCUGAUGGUGCUGCCGCAAGUGAAGCACAUUCACUUCUUUGACAUGAAUCCAUGUGCAAUCGCAUGGGGCAAGAUGCUGAUUGAGCUCAUCAAGGCCUCCCGCUCGCCGCAGCACUUCAUCUCACAGCUCUUUGCGAGAGACGUAUUGACAUUUGAAGAACAGCAGGGCUUCCCACUGCGAUGCUCCAACCAACAGGAAUAUUUGCAGCAGCCAAUCUCAAGGACUUUGAGGGACAAGGCUCAGGGAGCCAUGUCUGCAGGCUCUGCAGAUGUGUAUGGCAGGAUCCUGAUGCCGUACCAGGAAGGGGUGGUGCAGUGGGGAUGGCACACUCCACGGCUCCAACCUUGCGAAGACCGUAAACAGCUAACAACCUGCACCAGAUCUGGCUUGGGAAGCCAGGGGCGGCUGCCCGAAGAUGGCGUUGGGUCCUACCAGUACGGAGAAGGCUGGCUCUCUUCUCAGUGGACCUUCGAUCAGGUGCGAGGGAAGCUGCUGAAGACUCCAGUCUCCUGGUGCGCAGGGGUGGAUUUCUCCACUGCGGCUCCUGAGCAGAUUGCGCCACAGGGGAAGAACGCUCUGCUCUUCCUUCAGGACAUGUUCUCCUCGGAAUUUGCCAGCUCUUGGCCCAUGGCAACAGCCAGAUCUCUGGCGCAUCGUCACCGACUGUUGCUGGCACAGAGCAUCACUGCAGACAAGGGACAGCUGCUGCAGGAGCUGCGGGGCGACUCGUGGCACAGCUGGUCCGAUUGGGACUCGCAGGCGCUGUUGCCAAGCGAACUUUGUGGUUGCUGCCCUGGAUGCCGACCGCCGGGCCUCUCAGGGGAGAUGCUGUGGCGCUGCCAUCCUUUGUUGCGGGCGGGACACCAGGAGCAUCAGCGGCGUCUGUUGGAGGAGCUAACGGGGCCGCGGCUUGCCCUGGAAAAAAGUGGAGCUGUUCUUGUGGCCUUUGCCUUUGCAAUGCGUGUGCAAUGCCCGUGCAGCUGGAUCUCCCUUGGGCGUGGGCCCAACGUUUGGGUCCAGAUCAUCAGAAUGAGUGUGAAAUAUGAAAUUGUGUGA